ACUUUGCCUUGCCAGCCCGCUGUUGCCAUGGGUAUACCAGUCUUCAUACUUGCUGGUCUCCUUGUGCAUUUUGUGUUCUUGGUCUCCAUUUUUGACAUCUACUUCAGCUCUCCCCUGGUUCAUGGUAUGACUCCUCAGCAGACUCCACUGCCGCCUCCAGCAAAACGUCUCGUACUCUUUGUUGCUGAUGGUCUGCGGGCAGAUUCGCUGUAUGAAUUGAACGGCAAUGAUACGACCCAAGCACCUUACCUGAGGGGUAUUCUAGAGAAUAAUGGCAGCUGGGGAAUCUCUCACACGCGAGUCCCAACUGAAUCCAGGCCAGGGCACGUUGCGCUUAUAGCUGGAUUUUAUGAAGAUGUCAGUGCAGUUGCUAAAGGAUGGAGGGAGAAUCCGGUGGAAUUUGACUCUGUUUUCAAUGAAAGUAAAUAUACGUGGAGCUGGGGAAGCCCAGAUAUUUUGCCAAUGUUUGCAAAAGGUGCUACUGGAGACCACGUUUAUACAUUUUGUUACACGGCAGAAAGUGAAGACUUUGGAGCACAAGAUGCAGCCAAGCUUGACACUUGGGUUUUUGAUCACGUUAAGAGCUUCUUUAAUUCUUCCAGAAGUAAUCAAACAUUGUUCUCUGCACUGAAUGAAGAGAAAGUGGUUCUGUUUCUUCAUUUGCUAGGCAUAGACACAAAUGGACAUGCUCAUCGGCCAAACUCAAGGGAAUACAAGGAGAAUAUUAAAAAAGUUGAUGAGGGUGUAAAAGAAAUUGCUUCGAUGAUUGACGAUUUCUAUGAAAAUGAUGGAAAAACUGCAUUUAUUUUAACUUCUGACCAUGGAAUGACAGAUUGGGGAUCCCAUGGAGCUGGUCAUCCCUCAGAAACUUUAACACCACUGAUUGUUUGGGGUGCUGGGGUGAAUUAUCCACAGAAAGUCACAUCCCAGCCCUUUGAAGACAAUUUUUUGAAAGAAUGGAAACUGGAGAAUUUGAAGAGGCUGGAUGUCAAUCAGGCUGAUAUUGCACCGCUGAUGGCUUCCCUUAUCGGUGUGCCUUUCCCCCUGAAUUCUGUGGGAACUCUGCCUCUUGCAUAUCUGAACAAUAGUGCUCAUUUCAAAGCAGAGAGCAUAUUUACCAACGCUGUUCAGAUUCUCGAGCAAUUUAAGGUUAAGAUGCGUCAGAAAAAGGAAACUACACUGUCAUUUCUAUUCACACCAUUCAAACCACUUUCUGAUUCUGAACAGAUCAACUUUUUAAAGAAAGUGAGGCUAUAUAUUCAGCAGCAGAAGUAUGAUGAAGCGGUAUCUCUGUGCAAAACCCUGAUUAACCUUGCUUUGGAAGGCUUGUCUUAUUACCAUACUUAUGAUAGAUUAUUCCUGGGUCUAAGUAUUGCAGUGGGUUUUGUGGGCUGGACGACUUACGUGAUUUUGGUGAUUAUCAAGACCCAUACCAAUUUGACCAAGACUGUCCAGACUAAUAAUAAGGAGUCUACUGUUCUAUUCUACGGUUUUGCCUUUGUUGGAAUGAUAAUAGCUUUUUUCCUGUUGAUUCAAACAUGUCCUUGGACAUACUACGUAUACUGUCUCUUGCCAGUACCAGUAUGGUAUGCGGUUGUGAGAGAACUUCCUGUUAUUCAAGACCUUGCUGCAAAUCUCUUGUCACUUCAUAUCCAUCAGUCUGUAGGAUUCCUCGUAGUUUGUACACUGGGAAUUGAAAUACUAGUCUUCAGCUUUUUCUACCGCUCUGCACUUACUAUUGGUCUUGUUGUCUUUGCGGGCUGGCCAGUGAUCACACAGCUGUGGGUUCAGGCAAAGAAAACAGCAUUGAUCUGGACUCUUCUGUGUGUGCUCCUGGCAAUAUUUCCUUUAAUGCCUGUUGUAGGAAGAGAACCAAACAUUCCUCUGGUAAUAGCUGCUGGUUUGCUGACUCUCUUGUUCUCUUGCUUCUCAUUGGCAUCUCCUUGUAAAAGUGCAAAUAAGUACAGAAAUAAUGAAGAUCUGAAACUACAUUUUUAUCAGAUGUUGAGUAUUGCACUUUCAACAUACGUUGUGAGCAGUACCCAUGACAGUCUUAAGAACAAACAGGGAUUGCCUGUAUUGAAUCAAAUUAUUAGCUGGAUGACUCUAGUUUCUUCCUUGGUGUUGCCGUUACUGAGCCCCACGUUCCUCUUUCAGCGACUGUUCAGCAUAUUGCUCUCCCUGAUGUCCAUCUACCUGCUCCUCAGCACAGGGUAUGAAGCUCUCUUUCCACUGGUGCUGUCUGGUUUGAUGUUUGCAUGGAUAAACAUGGAGCAAGAAGCCCUGCAGCACUAUGGUCUUUCAUUCAAACCAAAGCUUGCUGUAUUCAACUUCGCCUAUGCUACUGAUAUAACUCAGUUUCGACAGCUCCACCUAGAUGACAUCCGCAGGUCUUUCUUCUUUGUUUUCUUCAUAGUGACAGCCUUUUUUGGCACUGGAAACAUAGCGUCUGUUAACAGUUUUGAUCCUGCUUCUGUCUAUUGUUUCUUGACUGCGUUCAGUCCCUUCAUGAUGGGAGGCUUGCUUGUGCUAAAGGUUGUAAUCCCGUUUGUGCUGGUAUCGUGUGCUUUUGAAGCUGUUCAAGUCACAACACAACUGUCUUCUAAGAGCCCUCCCUACCCCUUUCACCGCACCCAGUGCACAUGACUGAAUCCUCUGCUCAUCAGGUGGAAUUAUGAAUGGUUGCUGUGACGGAGGAGGUCCCUGUCAGACACGUGGUUUUGAGUUUGUCACCGUGGGAUGUUGUGUGGGGUUGACCGAAAGUCUCGCUGGACAGUGGCAGGGGGGCCACAGGGACUCCGCCCUGCAUAUUGCUCAGCUGAGCAGGAGGACGCUGCCCUUGCUCAGUGUGAUGCCCUCUGUCUUUCUGUUUUCAUUCUGCUUGUGCCUUGCCUUUUGUCUCCUUAUACGGUGCCAGCCAGUACUAACAAGGGACGCGGCAGCCCGAAAUCUGACUUCUUGUUGGACAGGAAGCACAAGGCUCACCAUCCCUUUUACCUUCUCUGCCUUAGCUGUGUGUGCAGCGUACUUGGGCUGUCCCUGGACCCCCAAGGAAGGGUAUUUGUCCUCCUCACUAAGGGUUAUACAGAAGCAGGGCUGCGUUGAGGAAUCGGGGUUGCUCAGAAGACUGGCUAGCGAUUUAUAUUUCUAGGGCUCAGGCAUCAUAAAGGUCAGCAUUUCCUAAUGCUUUCCUUGGCAACAGCAGUGAUAUUGCGAACUUUUAUGGAAUUUGCAUCUGAGUGUGUGAGAGGGGAAAUAGCAUCAAGUUAAAGCAGGGGACAUGAGGACGUCUGUGCUGCUUUAUGAGGCUGUGGUUGUAACUCCAGCUGGUAUUUGUGCCAGCCUCAUUUAGCUGUGCUCAGGUAACAAUAGCAGCAAUGCUGCCACAGCGUCAGCCUGGGAAUAGGGCAGAAACCACAAGAUGUGCCCAGGAUCCCUAGAGAGGAGGUGCUCUGAUUGUCAGAGCAUCCUGAAGUCUGUGCUGCACUCUUUAUUGCUCUUGCUGCCCCUGCUAGAGAAAUUAAACCUUCACAGGGGACUAUCUUGUCUUUGCAGUGUAUAAAUGCGUCCUGAAAUUAGUGUUGUCCUUCUGUUGCGAAAGGCUUCCUGCGGUUCAGAUGGGCGAAAAGUAGAUUUUUGUGAUUUGGACAAAUUGCUCCUAAACUUACAGAUUAAAUUUACAGAUUAAAGUGGUUUGGUUUUGGUUUUUCUGUUCAUGGGGAAUGUUCUGUCAGAAUAUGUUCUUGGAGCUUGCCUGUGAAAACAGCCCUCUAGUUGGGUGCCUCCUAGGCACUGCAAGAUUGCAACAUCUGAGCCAUAGGUAAAUGGAGAAAAUCCUUUCAGUGCGUCUGAGAUACAGUUGGUUUGUUGCAUCCUUAUUUACUAAUGAAGCAUAGCUGAUGUAGGUGGUAUCAGAAACUUCCUCAUCAGGAGGCAUUGGUAUGGUUGUUCCUGGACUACAUGCUCGUGCAACGCCGCAGCAGGAUGUUUUCCCCCCAAAAAAAUCUUUGUGGAUUUAUAAUGGUCGUACUGAUAAAUUAACUGUAUUCUAGUUAAAGAUUUUUCUGUUAAUGGGUCAGCUGUUUGCAACAUUGCUUCAGUGUCAUUAGCUUAGAAACUAGUUUUAACCAGUUAUAGCAAUUGCUUUCAUGUAAUUUAGGAUUUACAUAGUUUAAUGAAAAGAUGAUUAAGCUCUGCAUGCUCCCUUCUGGUUCCUUUUACUGACCACAGCCUGCUUUCCAGAAGUAACCUGCCACCUGA